AUGCCUAUCCAAGCCAUUGUCCAGUCAUCCCUCGAGGCCGUUGAAUUCGUUGACACUCCAAUUCCCACACCAAAGCCCGAUCAAGUUGUGAUUAAAGUAGUUGCCGCAGCUUCCAACCCCAAAGACUGGAAAAUGACAGCCUGGUAUAAAAACCCUCACAACUCAGGCGAUGACGUUGCUGGCGUUGUUCACUCUGUCGGCAACUCAGUCCGCAACUUCAAACCCGGCGACCGCGUCUUCGCUUACCACCAGCCUCUCGCUGCAGAUGGUGCAUACGCCGAGUACGCUGUUGCGGCCGUGCAGGCAACUUCCCACUUACCUACCAACAUGUCGUUUGAAGAAGCGUCUACGAUACCAACGGCAGCCUUUACAGCUGCCGUGGGGCUAUUCAUCGACCUCGAAAUUCGUGCACCUUUUCUCCCCAUGCCCGACGAGGGAGCCAGCAAAAAGAGACCACUCCUCAUCUACGGUGUGACCGCAGCAGUCGGGGCUUUUGUCGCCAAACUUGCGCGCCUCGCGGGAAUGAGUCCCAUCAUUGGCAUCGCUGGACGAGCUGGAGAGUACGCAAAAACACUAGUUGAUUAUGUCAUCGAUUACCGCCAAAGUGACGCUGAGAUACUUGCCGCUAUCGAAGCAAUACUGGAGCAAGAAGGACUCGGAAAAAAGGUUCCUACAGUAUUCGACGCCAUCUCCGAGCAUGGCUCUCUGGAACUGACUACACAAUUUAUCGAUACGAACGGCGGACUAGUAGCAACCGUAUUGCCCCCGGAAAUGUUCGCGCGCAACAAAGAGGCAUUUACAUACCCAGAGGGCGUCAAGGCUAGGUGUAUCAAGACAGGGAGGAUUUUCAAUACAGAUAAGGACUUUGCGUUUAUAUGGAGUACCUAUAUAGAGCAAUUACUGGAGAGUGGUAGGCUGAAGGGUCACCCCUAUGAAAUUGUGCCUGGCGGGCUCAAGGGAGUGAUUGAAGGACUGCAAAAUUUACGAGAUGGGAAAGCUAGUGCUGUAAAAUAUGUUUACAGAAUUGAGGAGACUGGAUCUAUUAAUUUAGAGUAG